AUUUUAAUUCUCUUUCCCUCUUAUCUCUGAGUUUCUUGCCGUGAGUUUUGGUUGGUCUGACCAAGAGUCGUUUUAUUUGGUCAAUACGUUUCGAAAUUGAUAUCAAACUCUUUCUUCUUCUUCUUCUUCUUCCGUAUCCUUAGACUCUAGGGUUUCACUACGAUUCGAGUGUUUCUAGUCAAAUUGAAUCAAACGAUCUGGUUUUUCGGAUUUGGUAUUGGAGCAAUGGCUUUGGUGACUCCAAUUCCAGCAAUGGGUGAAAGAGCUGGAUCCAUGAGAUUUCACGGAAUUGGUAGCCCAGGAUCAAGGUCUAGUAGGAGCGGGAUUAUGGACGAACCUGUUUCGCGCCUGAUUGACGAGAAAAUCUUCGUUGCUGUGGAUAAGCACGUGGCCAAGAGCAAGUCUACACUCAUUUGGGCUUUGCAAAACACUGGCGGCAAGAAGAUUUGCCUUAUUCAUGUUCAUCAGCCCUCCCAAAUGAUUCCACUUAUGGGCGCCAAAUUUCCAGUUGGUGCUGUCAAGGAGGAAGAAGUCAGGGCUUUCAGGGAAAAAGAAAGGGAGAAAGUGCAUAUGAUCUUAGACGACUACCUUCGUAUAUGCCAGCAGAGAGGGGUCAGGGCAGAAAAGAUGUUUAUUGAAAUGGAGUCCAUCGAGAAUGGAAUUGUGCAGCUGAUCUCGGAGCUGGGAAUCAGGAAGCUUGUCAUGGGAGCAGCAGCAGAUAGACACUAUUCAAGGAGAAUGACGGAUCUGAAGUCCAGGAAAGCCAUCUUUGUACGCCGAGAAGCACCUAGUCUUUGUCAAAUAUGGUUUACUUGCAAAGGAUACUUGAUACAUACAAGGGAAGCUACGAUGGACGACACUGAAUCAGAAUAUGCAUCUCCGCGUCCUUCCAUAAGUGCAAGUGAUCUACUUCAAACUUUCUCUACACCGGAGUCUGAACAUCAGCAUAUAUCUCGAGUACAGAGCACCGAUUCAGUUCAACAAUUAGUAAGCAAUGGAAGUUCAACUGAACACAGCGGGAGGGUGUCGGAUGGGUCUUUAAAUACUGAUGAAGAGGAGAGAGAAUCUGGUGGCAGUGAAGUAACGGGAAGUGCAACAGUUAUGAGUUCUGGCCAUUCAUCUCCCUCCAAUUUUCCGGAUGGGGUGGAUGAUUCAUUCAACGAUAAAAUUCGAAAAGCCACGUCAGAGGCUCACAGUUCAAAACAAGAAGCUUUUGCAGAGACUCUUAGGCGACAAAAAGCCGAAAAAAACGCACUUGAUGCAAUCAGAAGGGCUAAACAAUCAGAAAGUGCAUAUUCUGAGGAGUUGAAGCGAAGGAAAGAUAUGGAGAUAGCAGUAGCGAAAGAGAAAGAGAGAUUUGUAACAAUAAAAAACGAGCAAGAGGUAAUCAUGGAAGAACUUCAAAGUGCUAUGGAUAAGAAAGCGAUGCUUGAGAGCCAAAUAGCAGAAUCCGAUGGUACAAUGGAAAAGCUAAACCAGAAGCUUGAUAUAGCUGUGAAGUUGCUGCAAAAGUUGAGGGAUGAACGAGAGGAGUUGCAGACAGAACGUGACAGGGCACUCAGAGAAGCUGAGGAGUUAAGGAGUCGAGCAGAAACCUCAACCCUACAGUUACCUCAGUACUUCACGGAUUUCUCAUUCUCCGAGAUUGAGGAAGCAACUAAUCACUUUGAUUCGACCCUGAAGAUUGGGGAAGGUGGAUAUGGAAGCAUCUACAUUGGUUUACUGCGUCAUACUCAGGUGGCUAUAAAAAUGUUGAAUCCUAACAGUUCGCAAGGCCCUGUAGAAUAUCAACAGGAGGUUGAUGUGCUAAGUAAAAUGAGGCAUCCAAAUAUAAUUACGCUAAUUGGAGCAUGUCCAGAGGGGUGGAGUCUUGUCUAUGAAUAUCUUCCAGAUGGAAGCCUUGAAGACAGGCUUAAUUGCAAGGAGAACUCUCCACCCUUGUCGUGGCAAAAUCGUGUACGCAUUGCCACUGAGAUAUGCGCAGCACUAGUCUUUCUUCAUUCCAAUAAAGCUCAUAGCUUAGUACAUGGUGAUUUGAAGCCAGCAAAUAUCCUUCUCGAUUCCAAUCUCGUUAGCAAGUUAAGUGACUUUGGAACCUGCUCACUACUUCAUCCUAGUGGAAGCAAAAGUGUGAGAACUGAUGUCACGGGCACAGUUGCCUAUUUGGAUCCAGAAGCUUCCAGUAGUGGAGAGCUAACUCCGAAGUCAGAUGUGUACUCGUUUGGGAUUAUCUUAUUGCGCUUGUUGACCGGGAGACCAGCCUUACGGAUAUCAAACGAAGUGAAGUAUGCCCUCGAUAAUGGAACAUUGAACGACCUCUUGGACCCUUUAGCAGGGGACUGGCCCUUUGUUCAGGCUGAGCAGCUUGCUCGCUUGGCAUUGAGAUGCUGCGAGACUGUCAGCGAGAAUCGUCCAGAUCUUGGAACUGAAGUGUGGAGGGUACUUGAACCUAUGAGGGCUUCUAGUGGAGGAUCUUCAUCUUUCCAUCUCGGCCGUAAUGAGCACCGCAUAGCCCCUCCAUACUUCAUUUGCCCCAUUUUCCAGGAAGUCAUGCAGGAUCCACACGUGGCUGCAGACGGUUUCACAUACGAAGCAGAGGCUAUAAGAGCGUGGCUGGACAGUGAACACGAUACUUCACCAAUGACCAAUGUCAAGCUUUCUCACACCAGCCUAAUCGCCAACCAUGCUCUUCGUUCUGCUAUUCAAGAGUGGCUUCAACAUCAUUUGUGAAAAUAAAAUCCUUCGAACCCUCAAUCCCUGUUCGUUCUCUUAUGAAAAAAAGUUUUUGCCUUUUCUGCGGGAGGCAACAGAGAGUAAGUGAGUGAGUGAGUUUAGUUUUUUCAAUCUUCCUUAUACGUAUACAUACGAUCUCUCCAUGGAUAGCAAGCAUAUUUGUUUACUUUGUCAAGCAUAGUGUAAGUCCUCCAUAUUUGUCAGAUAUGAAAAGAAGAAGCUGGUGAGAUUGUA